AUUAAGUUCAGUUCAGUUUUUUGAUCAACAAAAAAGUUUGAAAAAAAAAAUGGGGAAGAAAAGUUAUUUGGCAAUGAGGAAAGCUGAAUUAGCAAAUGAUUUUCUUUCUUCUGAUAUUGAAGAUUUCAAGAUUGCUGCUAAGAAAUUAGCCAAUCAUGCCAUCACACUUGGCGGCUUGGGUUUCGGUUCUUUAUUUCUUGAAUGGCUUGCUUCUAUUGCUGCUAUAUAUUUGUUGGUGUUGGAUCGAACAAACUGGAAAACAAACAUGCUCACUGGCUUACUAAUCCCUUACAUUUUCUUCAGUCUUCCUUCAAUAGUUUUCAACAUUUUCAGAGGUGAUAUCGGAAAAUGGAUCGCUUUCGUUGCUGUUAUACUGCGUAUUUUCUUCCCAACCCGAUUCCCAGAUUGGCUAGAAUUACCGGCGUCUCUGGUUUUACUAGUAGUGGUGGCUCCGGGUUUGUUUGCGAGCACCAUAAGAGGUAGCUGGAUAGGUGUGAUUAUAUCCCUUGUGAUUGCUGGUUAUUUGCUUCAGGAACAUAUUCGUGCAUCGGGUGGAUUCAGAAACGCCUUUACGAAAGCUAAUGGCGUAUCAAACACCAUUGGCAUAGUCCUUCUGUUUGUUUACCCUGUCUGGGCGUUGGUCAUUGAUUUCCUGUAAGCAGACCUCGGAAAUUGGUUCGAGACUGGAAGUUUUAUUGAGCUUCGAUCUCUCGGUAGCUUAAGUUAACCUGUUGAGACUUGAACAUUCAUUGCCGAGUUAUUUAUUUUUGUUGGCAUUGGAUGUAAAUAAUGUGUUUUCAGGAAUUUUGAAACAUUGUGCCUAUUUGUAGUUCUUAGUAAGGUAAUCUUAUAGCAUUGUGCUUACUCUUAGUCCUGAGUUCUUAGUAAGGGGUCAUUUGUUAUAUACAUUUGAUUCAAGAUAUUGUUGAUCGUUCAUAA